AGAACUCAAGAUCAUCCAGACCAAGAGGAUGACCUGCAGGACUUCCUCUUCAUCAAGGUCCUGGGCAAAGGCAGCUUCGGAAAGGUGAUGCUGGCUGAGCUGAAAGGAACAGAUGAGGUCUAUGCUGUGAAGUGCUGAAGAAAGACGUGAUCCUGCAGGAUGAUGAUGUGGACUGUACCCUGACAGAGAAACGCAUCCUGGCCCUGGCUAGGAAACACCCCUACCUGACCCAGCUCUUCUGCUGCUUCCAGACCAAGGACCGUCUGUUCUUUGUGAUGGAGUACGUGAACGGAGGAGACCUUAUGUUCCAGAUCCAGCGUUCCAGGAAGUUUGACGAGGCGCGCUCUCGCUUCUACGCCGCCGAGGUCACGUCUGCCCUCAUGUUCCUUCACCAACAUGGAGUAAUCUACAGAGAUCUGAAAUUGGAUAACAUCCUGCUGGAUGCACAUGGCCACUGUAAGCUGGCUGACUUUGGCAUGUGUAAGGAGGGGAUCCUCAACGGAGUCACCACCACCACCUUCUGCGGGACCCCUGACUACAUCGCUCCUGAGAUCCUACAGGAGCUAGAAUAUGGCCCCUCUGUGGACUGGUGGGCUCUGGGGGUGCUUAUGUACGAGAUGAUGGCGGGCCAGCCCCCCUUCGAGGCUGACAAUGAGGAUGACCUGUUUGAGUCCAUUCUCCACGAUGAUGUCCUCUACCCAGUGUGGCUAAGCAAGGAGGCCGUAUCCAUCCUGAAAGCGUUCAUGACGAAGAGUCCAAACAAGCGUCUGGGCUGUGUGAUCACCCAGGGCUUGGAGGAAGCCAUCAAGGUUCAUCCCUUCUUCAAGGAGAUCGACUGGGUUUUGCUGGAGCAGAAGAGAGUCAAGCCACCCUUCAAACCUCGCAUUAAAACCAAAAGGGACGUGAACAACUUUGACCAGGACUUCACUCGCGAGGAGCCUGUCCUCACCCCUGUAGAAGACGCCAUUAUUAAGCAGAUCAACCAAGACGAGUUCAAGGGUUUCUCCUACUUCGGAGGGGAGGAGACUCUGUCCUAAGGCCUGCACACACACACACACAUAUGCUGUCCGCCUCAUCUUUGUGUUUAUGCACGCACACCAACACACACACAUGCAUGUAUAGACACACAUACAUGUAUAUGCAGAAACACUGACAUACACACUCGCAUUCACGAACACACAUACAUACAUAUAUUCUCACAUACAGACAUCCAGAAAUAUACUGUACAAUACACACAGAGUAAAUUAUUACAUUCACACACUCAUACAACACUCCGGCCAUUAGGGCCUCUGAAUAGUAACAACUCCAAAACAUAAACCUGAUCAUCUACAGCGCUGUACCAGUAUAUUUUUCUGUCUGUCCAUCAGUGCAUGUUUUCUAUGUUAAAAACCAAUGUAAUUCGAGAGUAGGUCAUAUAGGAAGCCCAUCUGCUUUAUUAUCAAGUUCCUAUUGGCUGGUCCAGAUCACUCCUGAUCCAAUCAGAGCGGUAAAAAAAAAUAACUCAUUGUGGUGGGUGGCCAAUGGAUUGGCCUCCUGAGACUGAAUAUAGCCUGGCCCUUGGCCCGGGCUGAUAACAGUGAUGAAAGCUCCUCACAGUCCUGCCCCAGAUUAUGUCACAAGGCCCUUUCCAGUGGACUAUGAAAUGAACAGGGAAUGUUUGUGUGACGGUGUCAACUUUAUGUGUAUAUAAGGAUUAAAAGGUCAGGGGUUAUGUGUGCUUUGGGCAGGGGUCUUGUUCGACAUGGUCUUCGUACGAUAGGUCAUACUUUCAACUGUUUCAUCAAAUAUCCUAGUUCCUCAGUGAGUAUAUGACACUGAAACAAUGAUAUUAUUAUAUUAAUCUGUCAUUUCUCAAGCUGUCCUUUAAGUCUCUCGAUGUACUAGAAUCUCCUCCUCCUCUUGUCGUGUUUGAAUGCGAAAAACCAAAUCCUUAGAACCAAUGAUUGUAUUUAAAAAAGCUAAAAAAACGAUUGGUUCACAGUAUCAAUAAAAAAGAGAAGCCUGUAACUAUUGAUACUGUUUCAAAGUUUCCUCAAGAUCAAAACGACACCAGAAUUAGAAUGAGUCCAUGUAUAGUACAUCAAAUGCCUUUUGUGUGUAACUGCGAACCAGUUACGUAUUGUAGAUAUGCCCACAGUGUUAUGGUAGUCUAGAUUCAUAUAUUCCAAAUGAAUGCCAUGGGUUUCAAUGUGGAAGAAUGUGCUUGUAUGCAUGAGUGAUCGUGGGGAUACAACUGAAUGUAUCGCAUCUGUUUGCGUGCACGUGUGUGUGUCAGUUAGUAUACUGCACGUAUGUUAGUUUGUGCGAGUCUGUUUUUGCGUGUGCGAUAUAGGCAGUGGGUUCAUGAGAAUGGCCCUUUUGAAGCUUUUACAUUUCAUUGGGUCAGUUUUAUUUCAUUGUGUGUUUUAUUUCAUUAUGUCUGAUUUGUCGUGAUUUUACUGGAUUGUCUUGUUGUUCAGAGUUUGAAAUCCUGGAUUUCCCUGCUAUGCAACAAGACUCACAAUCAUGUCGGUGAAGGCAUCACCAGAUAGCCGUGUCUUUCCCUCUGUACAGACCACGUAUAUAGAAGCCUGUGGACUUCUUGGAGAAAUAGAGGUAUCAUCCUUUGCAUGGUCAUGCAUAUGAUAUUAUUGUGUAUUAUUAGAAUAUGAAAAAGUUACAGUGUCCAUGUGCAAUAUUCUGUGUAUGUUUCUGUCUGUUUUUGCUUUCCUUUUCUUUCUUGCCGGGUGUCGUCACUGUUCUUCCCUCCGCUGACUCUUUGCUAUUGCGGUCUGUUUGGUUUUUACAGUAUAUGCAUGGCUGUUUUCAUUUGCCUGUCCUCAACUCAGUUGAUAGCCAUGUCUAUGUGCUUCCUUCAGAAUGCUCCAUCAAACCACCUCACCACCCCUUUCCCUGCCCUCUCUCCUUAACUCUCUUUGAAAAGGUCGACAUUUCCUAUAGCAUAUCUCUUUAAAACAUCAAUGUAACCAAAGGUAGCAGAGCUAUUGGAUUAAUUCAUUUUAUGGAAACCGUUGACCUUCUUAAUGGACUUAUGCCUAAUAACUCUCUGGCCAAUACAUGGUUUAUUGUAGGCCUACACCAAAUCAAGGUAAAGUCCAAUCUACGGUCAAAUUCUAUCAGUAGACCACAAAAAUAACCAUGUUACUUUGUUUCAAUACUACAAGUAGUACAUUCCAUUUUGGAGUAGAAACUUUAAAGUAACGUUUGAAAUUUGGAGUCAUAAUAGUAGGACUAUUUGCAAUUGAAGAGGCAGGGGUGGCACUGUGGUAGUGAAAGUAGCAAUACUGUAGAAGUAGCCGUAGCAUUUGUUAUUGUAGUAGUAGUUUUAGUAGUAGUAGUUUAAGUAGUGUAGAUGUAGUAUUAUUAGUAGCAUGUAUAAUAGUGCUAGCUCCACUAGCAGUAGCAGUUAUGGUAUGGGGAGCAGGAGUAACUGUAGCAACAGUGGUAGUAACAGUAGUAAUAGUGGACAGUAUCAUGGCAUCAACUGUCAAAUCAAUACUGAUCAAGCAGUAUUUUAAAGGCUUUAAACAUGCCUCUCAUACUAGAUCCUGAAAAUGCUUAACGCCUCCCCAACACACACACCACUGCAUGUAGGCCUUUCAUACACCUAAAGCACCCAUGCAUUUGACACGUAGGCACCUGUGUCAAUGAAUCACAUGAUCCCCCUCUGUUACCCAGUUAGUGCAUAGCAACAUGAGAACCGUGUUAAAGGAUCUGAAGGUGAAGAGGACAUUUGACAGACUUCACCAUUCAGGCUGGCACAAUGCUGUUUCUUUAUGCCAGUUUUUUAGGAUUUAACCAUUACAGUACUUGUCUCCCCUCGUAUAGCUCAUAUCUACACUCUUGUCUCUCUGUCUGUAUCAUGUCCUUCAAUUUCAUUUACCUGUCUCUUUGGUUUACAGUCUCUGUGUUUUGUCUGUGCUUCUUGAUGUUAGGCCUCUUAUGUUUGUGUUUUGUAAGAUGGCGGAUCCCAGUCCUACUCCGACCCAUAAGGACGGUGGCCCUAGAGGUCCAAAAUCCUCCAUGCCAAAUGCUAACUCCAAUUUUCCAUCCUUCUUUUAUUUUGACUUUUUAAACUGUUUGUAAUAGGAAGAAGAAGAAAACAGCACAUUGGAAACCCAUUUGGUCUGUUGUAAAGUCAUUGAAGCAGUAACGCUCAAUAAGUAUAAUAUACUGUACAUGGCUGGAGAAGUACCUCUUAAAUUGUGUGUAAAAAUAUGUCUGGCUGAGUAUUAUGUAUUUUUUUUUACAUACAGUAGAAUAAAACAUACAGACAUAUGCAUUAUAUUACUGUAUGUACCUCUAUACAUUUAGGAUUGGUUUUCCGGACCCAAAUUACGACUACUUCUGGACUAAAAAGCAUGUUCAAUAAAGAAUAUCUGGUGAAAUUGCUUUUUAAACCAGGACAAGGCUUAUUUCUGGGUCUGGGAAACUGGAUUUAAUUUUCGGUUUCUGUAUUGUGAAGCUUUAUAUGUACAAUUUGUCACCUGACUGAUGUUUUAUUUUGAAUUCCUUUGCCAUUUAUUAGUGUUAUGUCAUUGUAAGCAUUUUGCUGUGUGCCAAAUGUACUGUAUUCUAAAGGAUGUGAAUGUGUAUUGUUUGUUUUUGGAACCUAUUAAAUAUGAUGAUGUCAAAACAAAUAGUG